AUGCUCUCACUUGUUGCUGCAGUGAAAGCACCCCGCACACACAACCGUCGCCGCGUGACCGGAUCCAGCGGAAGGAGGAGGGAAGGAAGAGAGAGUGAGCUGCAGAGACCCAACAUGUCCCGGCAUCUCUUCUACUCUUCGGUGGCCCUUCUCAUUGUUGUGAUGAUGUGCUGCAACGCUGUUGGUGCUGCUGAAGGUCCGGGGCUGUCACCUGAACCAAAGUUUGAAUGGAAGGACAUCAAGGAUGAGGGUGAUGUAACUGUGGAAUCGUUGGGUGCUCCCGGCCUUCUAAAAGUGGGGAGUGACGUAUUUGCCGUUGCCGAGGCUCAGUGCAAGAAGGAUCCAAACAGCGUUUUUACUGGCAUUGCAUCCCAACUACUCACGAUGGAUAAGGAUAACGAACCGAAGGAAUUGCUGGAGGGUGCCAGGGAGAAGACACAAUUUCUGGAGGAAGGUACUUCUGAAAAGAAGAAGAAGAGAGUAGAUGUGAGCCGACCAACAGCAGUUGUGAAUGGAAGUGAUAUUUACAUGCUUGUUGGAAAACACAGCCAUGAAAAUGCCGCUGAAAGUAAGGCUAAGAGCGAGAAGAUCAAAUCGGGAAUAUUGCUGGUGAAGGGUGAGGUCGGUGAAGGCGGCAACAACCGAAUCCAUUGGAAGGAAACUGACGGUCUCCCGUGCACGCUAGGCGAACAUCACAACACCUUGAAGCGGCUGAUUGGCGGUGGUGGACCGGGUGUUAAGAUGAAUGACGGUACGCUUGUGUUUCCAGUGGAAGGCACGAAAAAGGAGGAGGGCACUGGAAAUGAUGGAAAGACCGUUUCGCUGAUCAUAUACUCCUCGGAUGCUGCAGAUUGGACGCUAUCGAAGGAGAUGUCUGCCGGUGGCUGCAGUGAUCCCUCCGUCGUGGAGUGGGGGGAGAAGGACAAAAAACUCAUGAUGAUGACUGCGUGUGAUGAUGGCCGCCGCAGGGUGUACGAGUCCGGUGACAAGGGGGAGUCGUGGACGGAGGCACUCGGGACACUCUCGCGUGUGUGGGGCAACAAACAGGGCGAAAAAGCGAAGGGCGUUAGAAGCGGGUUUAUCACAGCGACGAUUGACGGUGUUGAAGAUAACAGAAAUGUGAUGCUCGUCACUCUCCCGGUGUAUUCCGAGGAGGAGAGUAAAAAAGAAACGGGCAAUGGAAAGGGCAAACUCCAUCUUUGGCUUACGGACAACACACACAUUGUUGAUAUUGGGCCGGUAUCCGAUGAUGACGCUGCCGCCAGCUCCCUGUUGUACAAAAGUGCUGGAAGUGGAACUAAUAAGAAGGAGGAGGAGUUGAUUGCACUGUACGAGAAGAAGGAGGCCGACGCGGAAAAACCAUCACCCGGUAUGGUCUCUGUGCUUCUGACUGCGCAGCUGCAGCGUGUGAAGGAUGUGCUGGCGACCUGGAGGAAAGUGGACCAAACUGUCUCCCAGCUGUGCCCCUCUGAGAAGGAUGCCUCACCUGACAAUGCCUGCAGCACUACUGUUAAGAUCACGGAUGGGCUGGUUGGCUUUUUGUCCGGCAACUUCUCUGAUAACACAUGGAGGGACGAGUACCUCGGGGUGAACGCCACAGUGAAGGACAAUGAUGGGGGUAAGAAGGCAACAUUGCAUGAGGGCAGUGUGAAGUUCACGGGAGCGUGGGCGGAGUGGCCUGUUGGCAGUCAGGGGGAGAACCAGCUGUACCACUUUGCGAACUACAACUUCACUCUUGUGGCGACGGUGUCCAUCGACGGUGAGCCGCAGGAGGGCUCUCCCAUUUCUUUCUUGGGUGUGCAUCUUGAGGGUAAAGACAAACUUAUGGAGUUGUCAUACGACAGCGAAAAGAAGUGGAAGCUGUUGUGCGGUGAAGAAGCGCCUAAGGAACUCAGCAGCACAUCGGAGCAAACAACGCACCACGUGGUAAUUUUGCUACGGAACGGCAGCCAGGGCUCCGCGUACGUCGAUGGUCAGCGCGUGGGUGGGGAUGUGCCGUGUGCAUUGGGAAAUAAGGAUUCAAAAGAGAUCUCCCACUUCUACAUUGGAGGGGAUGGAGGUGCAAAAGGCGUCUCAGAGGUCCAAGAAGUGUCUGUGACGGUGGCGAACGUCCUGCUGUACAACCGCCCGUUGGAUGACAAUGAGAUUACUGCGCUUAACCCGAAUAAAGCUUCUACUCCAAUUCUAGAAGAACAGCAAACGGCGGUGUUGGAUACCCGUUUAACAGCAGCAAGUGGAUCAGUUGCGCAGCAAACCGUGCCCAUGCCUACUCCUGCCGGACCACUGCGGACGGAACAAGAAUCGUCGACGAUGAGCAGUGGUGUGGGCGGUGUCGGCGUAUCCAAUUCAGGAGAGACCACUGUGACGAAUCCCUUACAUGGGCUGGACAGCGUGCAGCAGUUGGCGUCAGUAAAAUCUUCCGAUGGAACUCAAAGUGUGGAUGCCGCUUCCUCAUCUGUUGGUGACAAAAGGGUGGGAAGAGGAGCUGGAGAUGAAACGCAGGACGAUGAAACACACCAACCUUCUAUGGGUACUCCUGCCACAGCAGAUGCAAACACUCCUACCGCUAAGGGCGUUGGGCACGAUGGACCCGCAGUGGAUCAAGAGAUGAACGCAACCUCCCGUGAGGAUGAGGAGGCCACGGAAGGAAGAAAUGGGCAGGAGGAUAACCAUGCACAGCACGGCGAAGUAAAUGCUGCGGCACUCAGCAGCAGCCUCGGAAAUGUGUCGCAGGGGAAUAACAGCGAUGUCGGCACUGUGCGUGGGAGCGGACUGCUGCUGCUGCCAUCGCUGCUUCUGUUGGGACUGUGGGUGUUUGCGGCUCUGUGA